CCGAAGUGACGGAUGUCGUCGCCCAAGAGAGAGAGAAAGAGAGAGCGAGAGAGUAAUGGCGUUCGCGGCGGGCGCACAUUCUCGCAGUUCGUCUGUUACACGCUAUUAACUGGAGAGGAACCAGCUUGGCUUCGCUUCUUGGCUCCGCUGACUCGUCUCGCCUCACCGUGAGCUCUCCCUCUCUCUCUGGAUCGGGAUCGAACACGUUGAACGGUUCGCGAGUGACGCUCGAGAAGCCGUCUCGGAAAGUUUCGCGGAAGCGUGGCGGCCGAACUGGUGGUUGUGUACGUUCUCAUUUCGCGUCGCGUGAACAGAAGGAACUUCUAAGAUUUAUUCGUCUUGGCGAUUUUGAUUAUAUUAAAUCCUGAUGAGAUCGAUGAGGAACUGAGAAUCUUUGAAAUCUCAUGCGCACGUCUUGACCGUACGGAUUGUGUACUCUUCAGUCCAACGUGUUUUGUGGAGUAUCGUGACGUAUUCAUUGCAAGAAUGGAUUCGUCACUUUAAUGCUGUAAUGUUAUUGCAGGCAUAAAACAUGCCUGAUUCUUGUUAUAUAUACAAGUUGGAUAAGAAGUUUAAUUGAAAUUAUUCUGUACCUGCACGUGCACAUCCUGUCAUCAUGUCUGCAACUACUCAGUUUGCAAAUCCACCACCGGCUGUAAGCUUACCUAAUAUGUCUGUGCCACCGCCCACAGCUCCAAAUUUAUCAGCACCGCCGCCGAACUUAACUACGAUAAACACAUCGGGUAGCUAUCAGCAUCGUUAUCCAAACCACAGAGAGGGCAGUCGCGGUUUCUUCAAACCGUUCAGACCUUAUCAUGCUCCAAAAGUCGUCGCUGGAGGACAAGAUACUCUGCAGGACGAGUUUGAUGGAAAAAGACUUAGGAAAUCCGUUAUGCGAAAGACUGUCGAUUACAAUUCAGCCAUCAUCAAAAGUUUAGAAAAUCGCGUAUGGCAGCGGGAUUACAGGGAUCGUCGCGCGCUUCAGCCAGAUGUAAUAUACUAUCCUGAUUUACUCCCUCCACCAAGUUACAUUGACAAUCCAAUAAAUGCAGUUACCACGAGGUUCGUAAAAACGGCUACCAAUAAAAUGCGUUGUCCGAUUUUUUGUAUGGCCUGGACACCAGAGGGUAGACGUCUUGUCACUGGUGCUUCAAGUGGAGAAUUCACACUGUGGAAUGGCCUUACUUUCAAUUUUGAAACCAUUUUGCAGGCACACGACAGCCCGGUAAGGACAAUGGUAUGGUCGCACAAUGAGAGCUGGAUGGUAACAGGGGAUCAUGCAGGCUACGUGAAAUAUUGGCAGAGCAACAUGAACAACGUCAAGAUGUUUCAAGCGCACAAAGAAGCGAUUAGAGGUCUCAGUUUCAGUCCAACGGAUCACAAGUUGGCGACCUGCAGCGAUGACGGAACUGUUAGAAUUUGGGAUUUUCUUCGCUGUCAUGAGGAACGAAUUCUCAGAGGUCAUGGUGCAGAUGUCAAAUGCGUUCACUGGCAUCCGCAAAAGAGUCUAGUCAUUUCCGGCAGCAAAGACAAUCAGCAACCGGUGAAAUUGUGGGAUCCGAAGACUGGACAAUCUCUAGCGACUCUGCAUGCUCACAAGUCGACUGUGAUGGAUGUAAAGUGGAACGAGAACGGUAACUGGUUGGUGACUGCAUCGAGAGAUCAUCUGUUAAAACUGUUCGAUCUGAGGAAUCUUAGCCAAGAAGUUCAAACGUUCCGCGGUCAUAAGAAAGAGGCAUCUAGCGUCGCUUGGCAUCCGAGCCAUGAAGGUCUCUUUUGUAGCGGUGGUAGCGACGGUGCCAUACUUUUCUGGCAUGUGGGAGCGGAUAAAGAAGUAGGAGCGAUAGAACAGGCACAUGAUAGCAUAGUAUGGACAUUGGCUUGGCAUCCGCUGGGACAUAUCCUGUGUUCUGGGAGCAACGAUCACACAUCCAAGUUUUGGACGCGCAACAGACCGGGAGACCUGAUGAGAGACAAAUACAAUCUCAAUACGUUACCGGCAGGAUCGGCUGGCAUUGACGAUCAUGAAAUCGCCGAUGAAGCGGCGGUGAUACCCGGUAUGGGACCAGAGGAUAGAAUCAAUGCCGAUAGUGAAUCCGAAGACAAGAGUGGCGGAAUUCCAGGUCUAGACCUCGAUCAUGCCGUAGACGAAGGCAAGAAGUUUGCCAACAAAAAAGUUCCGUACAGCAAACCGAUACCACGAAACUUCCAAGCUCAAUGGAAUGAAAUGGAGGCUGAGGAUAUGGAACAGGUCGAAGCGCUUAACGCGUUUGUUAAUCAAUUAAUAGAGACUACGCCGGGCGCCGUACCAUUGAACGAAGUCACGCCCAACGCCAUUAUACUAUAUGGAAAAAUGAUUCCUGUGGAAUCGGAUUCGAAAUUGGCGGAGGCGAUUAGUAAAGGAACCGAAGCCAUAAACAAAUUAGUAUUCUCCGGUGAGAUAGAGGAAUUACGAGAUGUGGUGGGUCCACCGGAUAAUGUAGACGAGGCCGAAGAAUAUCUGCAAGACGAUGGUGAGAUCGACUAUUCCAAAGUACCGGAUAUAGAUCUACCACCACCCUUACCCAGCUCAAAGUUCGCACAGAAUCCCGAGCUGCUGAAAACACUGAAUCGCGGCGGCAAACGUAAGUUCGAUCAGCUAAUCGGCUGGAGCGAUGGCGGAGCUAGCGAUCGUACGUCCAAGAUCCAUCAACCGGUCUUUGGCGGUAUUCCGAUUACGGAAGAUUCGCAGUCCAGCGAUACGGAUUUAAGAUUCGGCAAAUCCAAUGCCGCGGAGACCAACUUCCAGGACGAAGACCACAGGAGAGGCGGUUCGCAUGGUGAUUCCGCGAGGAGUGGUAGUCGCGGCGACGAGGAUCUGAGGUUUGGUAGACCUGGUUCGCGUAACGAGUACGAGUUGUCGCGUGGCAACAAUUUCGCGGACAAGGAUUUCCGCAACAUCGUUUUCCCGUCUAAAAAGCUGCUGGACAUGGACGAUAUGUAUGACGAGCGAGAUCGCGACGGCGGUCGCUGGACCGAUGAUGAAAAGAGUAUGGGUGACGGUCCGCGCAAGCCGGACGGCACAUAUGCCAGCUUCGGCGACAAACGCGAUAAUGGCAUAGGUGCGAUGGGUCCGGGCGGCAUGAGCAAUAGCAUACACGGCCACAUGGCAGGCAUGCCGCAUUUACAGACGAAUCACCAUAACAUGCAGAAUAUCAAUCCCAACAUGCCGCCGCCGAUACCGAGUUUGGUUCCACAUCCUGGAAUGACGCAACAUCCCGGGAUGCAGGGCAAGCCACCGCAUCCCGGUUUGGAUGGCCCCAUACCGCCACAUAUGUUGCCACAUCAUCCAAGUAUGCACCAUCCAGGUUUCGGGCCCAACGGACCGCCACCACCCGGUGGCUUCGGGCCCAGCUUCCGGCCGCCUCCGAAUGGUAAUUUCGGGCCGAAUCAUUUCAGGCCGAGCCCGAUGCCACCGUUCGGACCGAAUCAUCAGGGGCCACCGCCGCCGUUUGGCAACAAUUUUCAGGGGCCGCCCAACGCCUUCCGUGGACCUAACGCUGGUCCUAUGAACUUUGAUCGGCCGGGUUUCGGGCCCAAUUUUCGCGGCCAGAAUCCGCAAGCUCAAUUGAACAAUUUCAAUUCCAAUUUUGGCAACUUUGGCAAGAACGGACCUAAUCGCGGCAUGAACCGCGGUGGGGACAAUAUGGGCAGGAGCGGCUACAGUAAUCGCGGUAGAGGACGCGACAACGAUCAAUCGAGAGGAGGAAGAGGAAGGGACAAUUAUUAAAUAUGUUUCUUGGAACAAUUAUAUUGACACAUAAAUUGGUACGUCACGUGAACUGUAUUCACCGUACUUAGACAUCAAUGGUGAUUUAUUGUCAGUGUAUAAAAUUUAUGUCGCGUCGAAAGCCAUCGUUCGGAUAACAAUCGCGAAUUCUUGUAUUCGCAUGUGUGAAAAAACUAUAUAUAUAAAUAUGGAUUAUAUAUAUAUACAUGUAUAUUUUUACGAUUCGCCCAGAAAAAGCGUGAUAACGAUCAGACGACCUACGCUGGGCCGAUUGCACUCAAUACGAUUUGUUGAAGUGAAUCUCCUUCCCCCUCGGGAAAGAGAUAAACGAAUUGCCAGUUUCGAUUUUAAUUAUUCCGGAUUUAGUCGAUCCGGAUUGACUGUGCGGUGCGAAUCUGCCAUGUAUGAACAGCCUUCUUCGAAAUAGACGAAAAAUUGUAAUAUAAUAUGCAUUAGAGGGAUCGAAUGGAACACACGAAUAGAUUAUUCCGAUAGAAACUGUUCACAAGCUGCCUUGCGAGGGAAAUUUCUGUUCCGCGUUUGUGCAACUCUGAAAAAAUGCAUGCCAAUCGCGUGAUCCCGGUAGAAGUACGAAUGAAUACGAUUCCGCGUCCUUUUGUUUGUCCGAGGAAUGUGAGAGAAAGAGAGAGAAAGAGAGAGAGAGAGAAAGAGAGAAUGUCGGAACAGUCUAUCUAUUAUUAAUAAAAAGAAAUAACAUACAACA